UGUUCGCUGCCGGGCCGGUUCCUCCUGCCAUGUCGGCCCCCAAAAGAAAGAGCAGGGGGCGGCUGCCCCCCGAGAGCGGCUCCCCCAGCGUCACCCCGGAGCCGGCGGAGCGGCCCCCUGCUCUGCUGACGCUGGCGGCUGCAGACUUCUUGGAAAAAGCAGAUGACAAAGUUCCUACAAUGUACAGAAGAGUCCUUGUGCAACUAGGACUCAACAGUAUGAAAUCAGCAAAUAUAUGCAUAGGUCGACCAGUCUUGCUUACCAGUACAGAUGGAAAACAAGAGGUCUGUACAGCUUGGCCAGUUGCAGGCUUCCCAGGAGGGAAAGUUGGCCUAAGUGGAAUCACUCAGAAGAAUCUGCGAGUGAAACCUGGUGAGGCAGUCACUGUUCAGCCUGUGGUCGGGGCAGUGGUGCAGGCAGAAGAAGUAGAUGUGAAGCUGAGGGACAAAGAUGCCUGUAUUAAUGUUGAAGACUUGUCUGUCUGUCUUUUGCGAAAUCUAGAUGGGAAGAUAGUUUUGCCAGGCAACCUUUUGCAUCUCACUUUCUAUGGCAAACCUUGCAACUUGAUGGUGACGAGGGUGAAAGGAACCGAUGGGACCCUGCUGAAAAUGCAGAGAACUACUGUUUUCAGUGAAACACAAGAGCCAGUCCUUGAGAAGACUGACUUGGAGACCAGUGCUCUAAACUUGUCUUUGCAGCUCAGAAAAUUGGACAUAGAAGACAACCAGGAAGGAGCAUCUACCAGCACUCCAUGCAAGCUGAUGUCUCAAAGUUCACCAGUUACUUCAAAUGCUGUGGUGAUAGGGGGUGAGCAGGAUUAUGACCGGACAGAUGAGUUCUGUAAUAAGGGGAAUGUCAGAGACCUUAUUGAUGGUUCUGAAUCAAUCAGAGAUGAAGACAGCGUGAGAUUGCUACCCACUGGCAACACUGGAGCAAAAUGCAAUUUGGAUACCUUUUACUUUAUUUCUUCAAGAACUAGAGUCAAUUUCAUAGAGAAUCGGACCAUUGCAAGAGAAGAACAUGACUGUAAAUCUAUCCUUACCUAUGACAUGAUAGGUGGUUUAAGCAGCCAGCUACAAACUAUUAGAGAAACAAUAGAACUGCCCCUGAAGCAGCCUGAAUUGUUUAAGUGUUACGGAAUUCCUCCUCCUAGAGGGGUGCUACUGUAUGGUCCCCCAGGUACUGGGAAGACCAUGAUUGCCAGAGCUGUUGCAAAUGAAGUGGGAGCCCACGUUUCAGUUAUUAACGGUCCUGAAAUUAUAAGCAAGUUUUAUGGUGAGACUGAAUCAAGAUUACGACAGAUAUUUGCUGAAGCCUCUCAACGUCGUCCAUCAAUUAUAUUUAUUGAUGAGCUGGAUGCACUCUGUCCGAAGAGAGAAGGGGCUCAGAAUGAAGUAGAAAAAAGAGUUGUAGCUUCAUUACUAACAUUGAUGGAUGGCAUUGGCUCAGAAGACAGUGCAGGGCAACUUUUGGUACUGGGCGCUACAAACCGUCCGCAUGCACUGGAUGCAGCGUUACGCAGACCUGGGCGUUUUGAUAAAGAGAUAGAAAUCGGGGUCCCCAAUGCCCAAGACCGAUUCGACAUCCUCAGAAAACUUCUUAAUAAGGUUCCUCAUCUGUUGACAACAACAGAGUUGGUGCAGCUGGCUGAUAGUGCACAUGGCUAUGUGGGAGCAGACUUGGCAGCCUUGUGCAAAGAAGCAGGUUUGUGUGCUUUGCGGAGAGCACUGGGAGAACAAGCUAACCUGUUAGACAGCGAGGUGGCUGGGUCAGUGAUGAUUACUCUCAAUGACUUCCUGCAGGGGAUGAAUGAUGUCAGGCCCAGUGCCAUGAGGGAGUUGGCUAUUGAUGUGCCAAAAGUACUCUGGUCAGACAUAGGAGGACUGGAAACUGUCAAAUUGAAAUUGAAGCAGGCGGUGGAAUGGCCCCUCAAGCAUCCUGAAUCCUUCAUCCGAAUGGGGAUUCAGCCACCCAAAGGAGUACUACUUUAUGGACCUCCUGGAUGCUCAAAAACAAUGAUAGCGAAAGCUUUGGCCAGUGAAAGUGGCCUCAACUUCUUGGCGGUGAAGGGACCUGAAUUGAUGAAUAAAUAUGUUGGUGAAUCUGAACGAGCAGUGAGAGAGAUCUUCCGGAAAGCCAGAGCUGUGUCACCUUCCAUUCUUUUCUUUGAUGAAAUAGAUGCCUUGGCAGUUGAAAGAGGGGGGUCUUCAGGUGCUGGGAACGUAGCAGACCGUGUCUUGGCUCAGCUGUUAACGGAAAUGGAUGGGAUAGAACAGUUAAAGGAUGUGACAAUUUUGGCAGCUACAAACCGACCGGAUAUGAUAGACAAGGCUUUGAUGAGACCUGGACGAAUUGACAGAAUCAUCUAUGUGCCCUUGCCAGAUGCCAAAACUCGUAGAGAAAUCUUUAAACUUCAGUUUCGCUCCAUGCCCAUCAGUGAUGAAGUCUGCUUAGAGGAGCUCGUCCUGCAGACGCAGAAGUAUUCAGGAGCAGAGAUAACAGCAGUCUGCAGAGAAGCAGCCCUUCUAGCCCUCCAGGAAGAUAUACAGGCCAAAUGUAUUAUGGGACGACAUUUUCAACAUGCAUUGAGUAUUGUGACCCCUAGAAUUCCUGAGUCACUAAGACAGUUUUAUGAAGAUUAUCAGCGGCAGAGUGGACUGCAUACACUUUGAGAAAUGAAUAUGUGCAUUUUCACACUCACUCUGUGUGUGUGUGUGUGUGUGUGUGUGUGUGUAUAUAUAUAUAUAUGUAAUAAUAUACACACACGCUCAUUUCACCUGUAUACAGCAAAUUUUCUUUACGUUCUUGAGAGCUUAGGAAUUUCUUAUUGUAAAUGGAAUGUCUGAAAUUAACUCCAUUGCAGAAAUUUCAUAGUAGAAGUCUUUUGUGUUGAUUGUGAACUAUGUGAAUGCAGUGGAAAUGGUUGAAAAUUUUGUACCUUAUAAUAAAAUGGUAUAAUCUGCAUUAUUAUAAUUUA